AUGAGGGCCGACAACCUCACCUGUGACACCACGUUCAUCUUGGUGGGACUCACCAACGACCGGGAGACACAGAAAUUGCUCUUUGGGAUCAUUCUUGUCACCUAUGCUUUGACCCUUGUGGUGAACUUAGGGGUCAUUAUGCUGAUCCAGGUGGACUCCCACCUCCACACGCCCAUGUAUUUCUUCCUCACACACCUCUCGAGCGUGGAGAUGGGUUACGUUACUAGCACUGUCCCCCAGAUGCUGGGUCACCUUCUGAUGGGUUAUGGGGGAUUGUCCUUAGUCAGAUGUGCUCUUCAGAUGAAUGCCACUUUGGCUUUUGGUUCUGUUGAAGCGCUUUUGGUGGGUGUACAAGUGGCCUCACGACCGUUACUUAGCCAUCUGUCAUCCCUUGAGUCUAUGCCACUGCACUAUGGGAAGCAUGAGGAAGGCGGCCCAGGGCUGGUCAUCCUGAUACCCUUGUCAGCUAUCUUGAUUUCCUACGGGCUCAUUUUCUUUUCCGUAUUGCAAAUGCAGUCAGCCAGUGGAGUGCGCAAGGCCUUGUCGACAUGCUCGUCCCAUUUAUUGGUGGUCGUCCUGUUCUAUGGCACCAUCACACUAGUCUAUAUUAUACCCCGGUCAGGAAGGUCUCCUGAUGUAGACAAGCAAGUUGCAGUGUUGUAUGUUGUGGUGACCCCCCUACUGAACCCCAUCAUUUACACCCUGCGGAACAAAGAUGUCCAUCAGGCGAUGACCAAGAGUGGCACCUUUUCACUAGGGGGGCAGGGUGCCGAAGGGAAUAUAUGCUAG